AUGAAUAAGCAGCUUGACCGUACAUGGGUCGCCGAAUCUCCGAAUGGAGUACGAGAUGCCCCACCGGCUGUAAGAUCAAGCACACGAAUACCACAUACGAAGUCUAGGAACGGAUGCAAGAGCUGUAAACAGAAAAGAAUAAAGUGCGAUGAAUCCAAACCAGUUUGCGCACAGUGCGCCCACAGAAAGAUCAGCUGCGAGUACCCUCAAGCGGAACCACCAAAUGAGCAACUAGAGACACCAUCACCAAGACUUGAGCACUCGAUCUCCCGGGAACUCGCCAGGACGAAACUACUAGACUUCAUGAAAGAGAGCAGUAUGCCUUGCGACCAGCUCGCCAAUCCAAAGUACAAACGAAUCCAUGCGGUGGAGCUUCUAGACCACUGGUUCGACGCAGAUUACCCUUGGAUCGGAACUACAGAGGUGCAGAAUACUAUGCAAAAGCAUGGCUUUAAUCUCGGUCUAGGUGCGCCUUGUUUGCUACAUGGCAUACUGGCUUUUGCGGCAUGUCAUCUCAACUACCUCCAGCCUGGAAACUUGAAGUACGAGAUUGCAUCAACUAUCCAUUAUAACAGAUCCUUAGCGUUGUAUUCGAACCAGAUUUCGACUCAUGUUGGAGCGGAUAAUGCUGAUCAGUUAUUCGGAACUUGGUUUCUUCUUGGACCAAUGACGUUUUGGAAUCUUUCCAGGCCAUCGGACCAGCUACAUUUGGAGAGCCACGGGGAUGUCACAGCUGGGUCAGCAGAGCCAGCUACGAAAGAUCCCUUUAGUCAUGGUGAUUUCACUUGGCUACGAGCAUUACAGGGAACCAGAAUCCUUCAAGACGAUCCCGCUAUCCAAACCCAUCUCAAGGAUAGCAUAUGGGCGCCGAUAUUUCUCGAGGCUAGAGAAUGGGAAGCUGAUGUGGACAUGAGUAACGACUCUCAAACCGAUUCGGACGUGUACCAAAAUCUGAUUGCACUAAAAGAACUGUGUGAUGUUCAAGCCGAUUCUUCUUCAACAGACAACCCCUAUCAGCAUCCAAUCCAACGGCUGGGUCGACUCUCUGCUACAGAGCCGCAUCGCGACAUGGUGGGAUGGUAUAUGGUAUGGGUUGGAAAGCUAUCUCCCGAAUUUCUGAAUCUACUGGAGGAGAGCGAUCCCAAGGCUUUACUCAUUCUUGCUUACUGGUGCGCCUUGAUUCUGCGGAUUAAUUUUUGGUGGAUCACUCGAUCGGCGAAGCAGCAGUGCACCAAAGUUUGCACAUAUCUGGACCAGUUUUCAGAGCCUGGAGUUCAGAACCUGCUAGAGUUUCCGGCUAGCGCUUGUGGUUAUAGACUUGAAAACUAGAUGCCUUCUGGCAGGACUGGGCCGUUUACUAGAGAACAACAACUCGAUUAUUGAUCAUACCAAAGGAUUUAAAGAAGCAAUCCAUAGUACAAAUGCACGAGGCCGUUGCGUCCAGAAACUUUAUAUACUCAGAAGAAGAAGAUGCUCUUCCCGACCGACUCUUUUGUAUGCUCUUUUAAGAAAGCCUCCACAUU